GGCUAAUUCUCCAUCGCUUCACAGAAACACAGCAAUUAAUUUUCCAGAGAAAUAAUCCUCAUGGAAGCAUACAGCAGCAGAAAGCUUCUUAUUGCGACGGUGGUGGUGGUGGCCGCCGCUGCCGGGAUGGUAAAAAUGGUACACUGUGAGAGUAUAUGCGGAAUGAGCACGGAGGGUCUGGCGGCGUGCAGGCCAUCCGUGAGUCCUGCAGGCGAGCAAGGUCGGCUCACUCCUCCGCCGCCCUCCGCUGCAUGUUGCUCGGCUCUCGCCGGAGCGAACAUGCAGUGCCUUUGUUCCUUCAAGAAGUCCAAGCUCUUGCCUGCCUUUGGAAUAGACCCGGACCUGGCCAUGCAGCUCCCCGCUAAAUGCAAUCUCCUUCAGUCUUUCCAUUGCUAGCUGAUUAAUUAAUUUCCACGUUGCAUGCAUGGAUGGUUUUUCUAAUUUUCUCUUGUUUUCAUUUCUCAUUUUCACACUCUGCUUCUGAACAUGUGUUGUCUUUUCUCUUGUGCUGCUUCUGUUGGACUAUUGCUUUAAUUCAAAUAAGGUGUAAUACUCAUACCCAUGCCAAUGUUCCCUAAUUAUAUUAUCUGAGUUGAGUUCGUUCCAUAUUUGGAAUUCAACUUUCCUCCAAGGUUUUCAGAAAAAUCUCAGUCAUUAUGGGGUGGUUUGUUGGGAGGUUUGGAAAGAAAGUAACAUAAGGAUAUUUAGGGAGCAUGCCUCUUCACCGCGAAAGUCCUCUCUAGAUGCUUCUCUUGUCUAAUGAAGUGGUCAAUGUUCAAUUAUAUCCUUUCUGAUUUAGGAGGAUAGUGUGACAGAUUUUGGGUAGGGUUUUUCGGACUUUGGUCGUUUCUCAUGGGAUGGAGUCAUGUUUUCAAUUUUUAGUUUUCUUUCUCAAGUCUCUGGCUUGAGCUUGUAAGUUGUGUUUCGAUUUUUGUGGCUUAAUAAAAUCUUUACCUUCUCUUAAAAAAAAA